GAGAGCAGCCAGAGCCCAGACACAAAGAAGCGCCAGAGGCUUGGAGUACAGCUGUGUGUGUGAGAGAGUUGCUGAUCGUAUCAAAUAGGUCAAAGAGCUACAGUCUCAGAGAUAUACAGUCUCGUUAGAUCUGCAAUUCCAUCGAGUCGGCGGUAACACUGCGAAGGGACCCAUGCGUUUUUAUAAUAUGUCGACGAACUUACUGUUGGUUCCAAUCCCGGAGUCAUGCGACAACGCGAUGAACAGAGACAUCAAGAUCGCAGUUUUAGGGUCAAGCACUGUUGGGAAAACAGCAUUGAUUGUCCGGUUCUUAACAAAGCGGUUUAUUGGGGACUAUGAAUCAAAUACAGGAAAUCUUUAUUCAAGACUGGUUCAUAUUGAAGGCGAACAGCUUUCACUGCAAGUGCAAGACACUCCUUGUGUUCAGGUUCAAGGAGAAUGUCCACGUUUUCCUGACCUUGUCUCCAGGUGCAUUCACUGGGCUGAGGGAUUUAUCUUGGUGUAUUCAAUAACUGACUACAAUAGUUACAAACUGAUUCGACCCCUGUACCAGCAUAUACGUAAAAUAUAUCCUGAUACAAAAGUUCCUGUGGUCAUUGUUGCUAAUAAGAGUGACCUAUUGCAUGCCAGACAAGUUCAGACCAAUGAUGGGAUCCAAUUAGCAAAUGAACUUGGUACAACAUUCUUAGAAAUCUCUACCAGAGAAAACUAUGAGGAUGUGUAUGAUGUUUUCCAACAUGCCUACAAAGAGGUGAGCAAGCUGCAUAUGAACAAUAAUGGAGAAAAACGAAGAGGAUCAAUUAUUCCUCGACCCAAGUCACCUAAUAUGCAAGAUUUAAAACGACGCUUCAAACAAGCCCUCUCUUCCAAAGUGAAAUCUGGUGCCACUUUAUGACGUGGAUAUUAAAACGAUCAAGCCCAGUGGAUGACAAGCAGAAUUGCACAGUAUUAGUACGACUUCUGUAAAUGGUGCCUUUUACCUCCAGCAAAAUUAUAAAAGUAGCUUUAAAUGAUGACGGUGCAAAUGUUGGUUCUUGCGGUGAUUGACUAUGGAGCCGGAUUUAGUUGAGGGCAAACGAAUAUCUCUUUACUUGCUAAUGCUCAUAUAAUUUAUGCUGCUACAGUGUAGCAAUGCACUGCUUGUGAGUGUCUAUGUUGAACCUUGAAAAGAUAGCUGAAUAGCAUUUCUAAUGUUGCCAAUAAUGGCUGUUCACAAUGUGUAAUGGAGUGUAUUCGUUGUACAGUGCAGCUGUAUUGAAUCUUGCAAUACAUUGUGAAGUGAGUGAAAAUGUGGCAUGGACCAGGGACAACAGAACAGUCACAAAGAUUUAAAACCUGCUACAGAUUUUGGGUGAUUGCAGUGUAAGUGAGGCAAAUUAUAUAAGAGACAGAUGUGCAGAUCAGGUGAAAGAGGUCGCCAUAGUCUCCGUUGCCAUUAUGAAGUUGCGACUAGCCACUGGAAUUUUCUGAUUUGUGGAUUCCAGUUUAAGAAAAUGUAAUUAUUUGUCCAUUCUAGUGUAUAGAUUUUGAGAAUUAUACAAAACAUUACUGUCAAUCAUUUUUGUGUAAUGAGUUUGUAAUUAUCCUGUAUUUUAUUGAUUGAACCACAAUGCUAUAUUUGCUGGAGAUAAUUCUUUUUACUGUAUUUUAUACAAACAAUGAUUAGUUAUUCCUGUGACCCAAUGAAAAAUGUGCUCAUUUCUAUAUUACUAUAAAGACAUUUGUACAAUGUUUCUAGAUUUAUACUAAUUCAGGAACAUAUUAGAAAUUCACUCAUCUACAAGGAUACUUUUUUUGACAGGAGUAAAAGUAUUGAUUUUAAAGUAUUGAAUUAUGAUAAACAAAUUAGAACAGGUUAUUUGACAAAUUGCAGUGUGAGUUCAGUAUUUUUCGAUAAUUGCUGAAAAAUACCUGUUAGACAUCAGGGGCUGUGGCCAUCUCUUGGUAUGCUUGACAUUGGUCCAUCAGCAUUUUAAGAAAUAUCCAUAGGCUGGAGAGACUGGGCUGAAGGAAUUAACAGCAGGAAUGUUAUCUUGUGGGGUUACUCAAGAUAAAUGCAUUUGCUUCACAGGUAAUUUAGUGACACAGUAAAAGGUGAUAAUAAGUACCAUGAAAAGUGUUAAAAAAUGAAACGAGUAAAUGUAGAAAUAUUAUUUAUUAUAACUGGCAUUGUUAAAAGUGCAAGAAAAUUAGAACAGUAAAUUGAUCUUAUAGCCCUAUGAGCCUACUCUGCCACGCAACAACUUCUGCCUUAAGUCUAUUUACCUUCCUACAGCCAAUGUCCCUUGAUUCCCUGAGAGAUCACAAUUUGUUCAUCUCUGCCUUAAUUCUUAAUACUUUGGAGUAAAGAAUUCCAAAUAUUCAUAACCCUUUGAAUGAAGAAAUCAUCUCAUUCUCUUUAUUGAUCUCCCUUGUUACAUCCCCAAAAAAACUAAAGUUUGUUGAAUACAAUUUUCCUUCUGUAAAAACUUGCCUUGUCUGAGUGCAGUAUGAUUUUGCUAAGUGCUUGGAUAAGACUUGCUUAAAAAGAGAUUUGUAGCAUUUUCCAGUUGAUUUGAGGCCUGGUUUCUCUCUCCCUCCUUGAGUUGUGGAGUUAAAUUGGUAACUGUCAAUCUGCUGGGACUGUUCUAGAAUCUAGAGAUUUUCAGAAACCGGAGCAUUCACUAACUCUGCGGCUACCUCUUUUAGAAUGCCUGCCCGAUGAUGUGGGCAUCCUAUCCCAGAUAUUAGUUGGAUUUUAGUUCCUAAGGAAUGAAGCAGUAUAGCACAGGAAUGGACUGUUUGGCCCACCAAGCCUGCACUGAUUCCUGUUUCUUAUUUAGACAUGCUAAUUAUUGCCAAUGUGCAGUUUCUAUCCCUCUGAUCACCUCCCGUUCAAUUGCUAAAUGUGCCUGCUUUCACCGCCUCCAUUGACAGAACAUUUUAGGAACCCAUCACCCUCUGCGAAAAAUUUUCCCCACAUUUCUCCCCUAAACUUUCCCCCUCUCACCUUAAACAUGUACCCUCUUGUAGUUGACCUUGCCACCCUGGAAAAAAGUCUCUGGCUAUCCACCCUAUCUAUGCCCCUCAAAAUUUUGUAGACCUCUCUCAGGUCUAUCACCCCUCAGCCUCUGUCCUUCCAGUGAAAACAAAGUUAAAAUUUGUCCAAAAUAUUUUUCUCCUGAUGUUACUGACCUUAUGUUCAUCACUUGUCAACCCCUUUGUUCUAUUUAUCAUGUGUAAUUUGUGUCUUCUAAUGUGAAGACAUUUACUAUCUGAAGCCUGACAAAUAUUGAAGUGAUAAGUGUCUUUUUAAACAUUGGUAAAUUUUUGGCCAAUCAUUUGGAGCAUUUCACUUCUCAUAAGUUCAGUCCCAUCAGCCAAAAUGUUAAUCACAGUAAAAUUUAUCAAAGUAAAGGUUUAUCUCAAACAGGCAUGAAGGAAAAAUCAAUUAAAUUAUUACAACUAAAAUGUUCUCAAUACAAACUUUCACAGUAAUUAUGUGCAAAUAAUUUUUCUCAAUUCCUGCUAUAAUUAUGUCACAAAAACAAUUGGCAUUCUUUGUGAAGGUCUAACUGCAAACAUUCAGCAAUCAAGUGCAUAUCAUAGACCAGAGCAUCUGCUGCAGAGUCUCAUUUGAAGCUCUGCACUUCUUCCAGUUUAAUCAUGUUACCAAGAAAAUAAACCUAAAAAAAAUUACAUCAAGAAAAGUAAGAGCUGUGUUUUUAUUAUUGGGAUAAAAGACUAAUCAUGCUGAUCAUAGAAAUUUCAAAUGAUUAUAUAAAUAAAACAAAAAAUGUGUUCUAAAUAAUCCAUGGUAAUAAAUAAUGGCUUUGUUUUGACGAAGAGGUUGUAUAGUUACAACCAUUGUUCUUCUUAAUAUGACUGCGGUGACAACUUAUUCAAAUGUGCUUUGGAAGUUUUUAAUCACAAGAAUCAAAAGCCAAAGUGUCUUAAUUUUAUGCAUGUUAAGUUUAAAAAUUUGAAGACAACUUUGUACAAUUUUAGUGUUAAUUAACUUUUUGUAAGACCUAAAUUAAUUACAGUUGCAGACUGACUUGAGAGAACCAGUCCAAAAGCUUUCUAGUCUUGAUUCAUUCCAAGAUCUACUCCAGGAACAAGUAUGUUCCGUUACAUUUUGACAGAAGAAGUUAGUGUUGAUUUUAAUUGUUAUGAUAACAAAAUUAGAGCAGGUUAUUUAAUGAAUUGCAGAAUUUGUUACAUUUUUCAUUGUAAGAUAAAAGAAAUUUUAUAUUUGAUUAUAAGUAGAAAAUUUUCAGUUGAUCAAAUUCAGGACAUCAGAUUUUGUUUCUGGUUCACUGGACACAUAUGUCUUGUUUUCUUUUAGUUGAUUAAAUUUAUCAUUUUGUCCUCUGUCUUCCCUUCUGUGCACUAAAGCAUUAAAAAUUAUUGCUUAUUAAUCUUGCUUGCCACUACCCCUCUGUGGAUGAUUGGAGACAUUCUGAAUUCUGAUCAGCUCGUCAAUGCAUGGACAGAAUGCAAUCAAUCUUAGAUUAGCUAAAUAGUGCUUGUCCAAUUCUGAAUUUUUUAAAGUAAUGAUCAUACAAAUGACUUCACUACUUACUAUCCCAUAACUUUUUUUUUAAACAUGUGUAGGUUAGGUGCAUUGUCCAUCGGAAGUGCAGGGCUACAGAGAUAGAGUAGGGGGUGGGUCCUCAGAAGGUUGGUGUGGACUUGUUGGGCCAAAUAGCUUGUUUCCACACUGUGGGGACUCUAUAUGCAACAGUUUGUAUGUAUCAACUCCUUUUAGCAAUAGCUUGUCCGUAUCAACCUGCAAGCCUUUUACAUCUUUACUGAUAAUGUGGCAACAGUUUAGCCAUUUGUGUGUAUGCCUAGGAGAAUAUAGUAUCAGUUCCCAGUGAAAUAAUAUCGUACCAGAUGUCCUACCUAACAUAUUCAUGUGAUCUCAAAAACCUGUCAAUAUCGUUUCACUACAAGAACCAUAUGUGACUCCUCAAUAAUUGCUGAUGUCUAAGACAAA